UCCACUCCUCUCGGUCCCAAAACCCUAGCUAGCCUCGCAUCCCGCGCCAUCCCACCCUCGCCGCCGCCGCCGCCGCCGCCAGAUGGAAGUCGACAAAGCUCCGAUCGCUGCGACGGCAGGCAAGUCUUCCUCUGCCGCCAUGGCGGUGGACGCGGCCGGCGGCGUGGAGAAGCCGCGGUUCGACGCUCUGAUGCCAAGCGAGAUGAGCGGCGGGCGGCCACAGUACCGCAAGGUCCAGGUGCCGCCGCACCGCUUUGCGCCGCUGAAGAAGGCGUGGUUGGAUAUCUACACCCCUGUCUACGAGCACAUGAAGGUCGACAUCCGCAUGAACCUCAAGGCAAAAAGGGUUGAGUUGAAAACAAGGCAUGAUACACCAGAUGUGAGCAACCUUCAGAAGUGUGCGGACUUUGUGCAUGCUUUUAUGCUUGGAUUUGACAUUGCUGAUGGCGUUGCCUUGCUUCGUCUUGAUGACCUGUAUGUGGAUUCCUUUGAGAUCAAGGAUGUGAAGACACUUCGGGGGGAGCAUCUGUCGCGUGCCAUUGGCCGCCUAUCGGGGAAAGGAGGCAAGACCAAAUAUGCCAUCGAGAACUCUACCAGGACUCGCAUAGUUAUCGCUGAUACGAAGAUCCACAUACUUGGCUCUUUUGUUAACAUCAAGGUUGCCAGGGAUUCACUCUGUAGUCUUAUCUUAGGUUCUCCUGCCGGCAAGGUCUAUUCUAAGCUUAGGGCUGUAUCUGCUAGGUUGGCAGAAAGGUAUUAGUUGAGUCUGGGUCACAUUAUGUAGUUGCGGUUUUGGCCUCGUAAGUUGUUGUAUCUGCAGAUUUUGUCCCCGUGCUAUGAAAUGUCUUAUAUGAAAAACAACUUUUAAGUGCCCA